CCACAGUGGAACUUCGCUUCACACCGAGCUGGGGAGUUGUUCCCGACGGAUCUGAGAUUUAAGCAAACUAUUUACAUUUGCAGCAUCAAACCGUCACGGAAAUUUUGAGCAGUUCUGUUUUCUCAUCAGUUAUCUUAACUACUUAUAUUUUUUUCUCGGUUUGUGGUUUUAAUCGUAAAGUUUUUUUCCUUGUACAAUUUUUUUUUUUCUUUUUCCGUUUGGUCGUCAAGAUGAAGAAUCUGUGGCUUUUCUUCCUCGUCGCGCUGUCGACUGGGUUUAUCAGCGACAAGCUCCUUGUCCUGUCCCAUUCAACUAUUUCCCAAGCAGAUGACCUUUACAUAGAGGAACCAGGAUCAGGUGACGUCCCCAUAGAUGAUGAAGACGGUGAAGAUGAUGGAUCUGGCUCUGGGUCAGGGUCUGGAGACCAUGGUUUCAGUAUCCUGUCAGAUCAAGACGAAGUAUUCAGGUUCCUGAACAUCACUGAGAGCAUCCUUUACAAAGAGGUGCUGCCACUUCCAGCAGAGCCGACUGUGAGCUCCAUUUCCGACCCACAACCCAAAUCAGCAGAUGACACUGAUGAGACUCCAGACUCCACAUCCAACUUUGUCGAUGAAGACCUGAGUACCAGUGCCAGUCCUGUCGAUGCAACUACUGACAUUAGCCCUCCUGUGAAUGAAGAGAUCCUAGUGGACACCAAAGUCCUGAUCAAAGUUGAAAGUGACAAUUUUCCUGAAGGCAGACGAAACAACCGGCGGAACGAGCUCAACUCUCCACAGGAAGUCACCUCUGAGAACCUGUGGGAGAGGACAGAGGUUCUUGCAGCUGUCAUUGCCUGUGGAGUGGUCGGAUUCCUUUGUGCCAUUUCCCUCCUCCUCCUCCUCGCCUACCGCAUGAAGAAGAAGGAUGAAGGAAGUUAUGAUUUGGGCGACACCAAAAUGUCUGCAACAGCUUAUCACAAAGCGCCCACCAAGGAGUUCUAUGCCUGAACUGACCAGCAGGGACAAUCUAAUGUGGAGUCUGGCUCCUUCUGAUCAGGACUAAAUAAGGAUCUUUAAACAGCUGAAGAAGAUUCCUUCAGAUGAAGUUUGAAGUGUCUGUUCUCCUCCAGUGCUGCGGACAUAAGGUUUUUUUUGCAUCCUCAUCCAUCCCCAUCUGUUUGUGUUUGCCACCAUUUUCUGCUUUUCUCUACUUAAUGCUCAGCUUUCUAUGCAGAAAGGGUCAUAAGGAAACAAAUGCAUUGCUCCUAAAAUGCAUUCGUGUCAUUUCCUUCCUGGGAAGGACCAUGGCAUAAAUAUUGAAUGAGCUUUUUUUUUUUUUUUUUGUAAAAGGAACCUUUCCUUCACUCUAAAUGGACCACAGCUGUUCUAAUUUUGUACGUUUAUCAAAUUAAAACUUGUUUUAACACUGUGCCUUCAGACCUUUCCAGCUGAAUCACACUGUAAUUCAUUGUCCCUUUUUAGAGGAGUUCAACAAGAAGAUGGGGGAAAAAAACUGAGAAAACCUGACUCCAAUCGUUUUUGAAUGCUUUUAAUUAAAAUGGUACUACAUAUUAGUAUUACAAAGGGUCCUUAAAACAAACCCUGUUCUUGUUGAGGUCAUGCUUUCUUCGUUAGUUCACUUCUGUUAUAUUUCGCAUAAACGUUUAUGUUUCUUUGUUGAAAUCUUAAUAUUUUUGUUAUGACAAUGAAUCUUUUCAUAAGCUGCCCAGUAUUGCCAUGAGAGAUUUUCUUACGCUGCAGGUACAAGUUCAAUAUAAAUGUAUGUUUUUUGUUUUUUUCUCCCUAAAGGUAUUUAACAGUUAUAGAAACUGACCAAAUAUAAUAAACAUGCUUUACCUUUUUCAAAAACUUUUAUGUUGAUGUUUAGCAGAUAUAUUUCUGUAAGCCAAGAGAUUUCCAUUCCAGAACGGUCCCUCAGGUAUAGCAUGUUUCAAACAUUUCUUAUAUUUUCAGGAUUAUCUGACUUGGUGACUGAGUUCUGCAGGCAUGUGGGACAGGUAGAGCCAAAGCUAAUGACUAUAAUUCAGAACCCACAGAAGUGACCAAAGUGUCUGGUGACAGCCAAAGCACAUUCCUUCCCGACUGUCCACUGUUUGCAGCUGUGAAAGAGGGUUUGGAGUUUAAAGUAAAAGCAUCUUGUGUUACUUAUUAUUUUAGCGUUGGCUAUAAAGGUCUGUUUCCGAACUACAAUAUUCUUUUUAUUGGUUUAAUAUGCAUGUACAGAAGUUUUAUAGGCUUACCUGGUUGUUAAACUUUACCUCAAAUGGCCAAAGAAGCAUAGCGGGAGCUACAGUAAUAAUACAGGUCACAGCAAUGACAAAAGGGUGGUAUUCAUUUUUAUUAGCACAUACAUAUACACCCAGCUGAUGCAAUAUUUUAAUAGGAAGUUUAGACAUUUUAUUAUGUAUGGACUUUAUUUACUUACUGCCUUAUAAUAUAUGUUGAAGAUUGUUUUAUAAAUGCUUCUUGGAGAUUCAAAAUGUAUCCUUUUGAAUACCAGGAAUAUGAUCCAGAUAUGCUUUUAUCUGGAUAACUGAGAUCAGUUUUUGAUUCAGAGGAUUGAGCAAAUAGUUAGGCCUCAUUUUUAAGGUAUUGCCAAAAGAGAGAUUUCAGGCCUUUUUAUGAAUUUUGUUUAAUGUCAUAAAGAAUUUAACAGUUACUGAAUUGCUGGGUUUUUUUUGUCAUGCCUUAUUUCAUUACAUGUUAAAUCAAAAGUCAUUGUCUUUGUCAUUUUUUUUUUUUGUUUUCAUAUUUGAUUUGUUAUUUUGCAGUUAUCUCUGUUCAUAGAAGAGACACUAUGAAGUUAUCUGAAUGCAAAUGCAAACUACCUAUUCACUGUAGCUGGAAUAAACGGGAGGAUGUGGUCACCGACCUUCUGUUAACGUGGUGUUUAGCGAACACUCAAACCCUCAGUGCCUCUCGCAGGGCUUUCGUCUGCUGUGCUGUUACAGUAUUAGUUUUGGGUUUUGAACUUUGAGCUGCACUCAAUCAAAAUCGGCCUUAUCUGUGUCAGAGGCCACUGCAGCGCUGUCCAGAAAACUUUCACCGUUGCAAAAACCAGAACGAAGGCAAACGGUGGCUUAGCAUUUGCUACAAUCCAGUAGGUAAUGGGACACAGUGACGUAUGUGUUAUUCUAUCUUUUGUCAUAAAUGGCAAGUAAAUUACAUUUUAAUUUAUACAUAAUUUAUACAUACUCUCUUCUAAGAUUAGCACAUUAUGUCAGUGAUACUUGGGAAUAGAAUACAAGAUGAUUUUUCCCUCUUGUGUAAGCUGUUUCUAAUGUCAACUACAUUGAGGUUUGUAGUUGACAAACUUCGAUGUUGCUUUGCAGCAUAGAUGUCAUUUAUCAAAAAAAAUCUUAUAAAUUUAAUUGGUACAUAAUUAAAAUGGAGCAUGUUAAAAAUAAUGAUUGUCUUUAUCGAUGUUGAAGAUAGAUGGACUGACUUGUUUGUCGUCGAAGAAACAAAAACAAUUGUGUGAGCACCAAUCAACUCACCAAAAAUGCUGAUGCAUUGUGGGAGGAACUGUGUUGUUGAUGGAUCUCAUAAAAUUUACUUCUCAAUAAAAAUGUGACAUUA